GCAAUCUCUCAUUCGCUCACUAGAGUAUAACAACAUUACAUGUGAGAACUCACUGCCCAUUGAUGUAGUUUUCUAGUCACUUUAUCUUAUUUGCCAUUCUCAUACAAUAAAGGCAAAAAAGGAGUGGAGAAAGGAGAAAAUGGGAAGAAAGGUGAGCAAAGACCAGGACAGUGAAAAUAAUAUCGAGGAGCUGCCCAGUACAGCCAAGAUACCAAGAAAGAAAAGGUUUAUUGGCAUUCCUGCAAAAUAUCUGUGCCUGGAUGACCUGUAAAAGGAGGAAAACUUCCAGCAAGGAAGAGAAGUGUAAGAGACCACUCCGGACCGACAACAUCCAUCUGAUCGACGGUACAGGCAAAAAAGGAGUGGAGAAAGGAGAAAAUGGGAAGAAAGGUGAGCAAAGACCAGGACAGUGAAAAUAAUAUCGAGGAGCUGCCCAGUACAGCCAAGAUACCAAGAAAGAAAAGGUUUAUUGGCAUUCCUGCAAAAUAUCUGUGCCUGGAUGACCUGUAAAAGGAGGAAAACUUCCAGCAAGGAAGAGAAGUGUAAGAGACCACUCCGGACCGACAACAUCCAUCUGAUCGACGGUACAGGCAAAAAAGGAGUGGAGAAAGGAGAAAAUGGGAAGAAAGGUGAGCAAAGACCAGGACAGUGAAAAUAAUAUCGAGGAGCUGCCCAGUACAGCCAAGAUACCAAGAAAGAAAAGGUUUAUUGGCAUUCCUGCAAAAUAUCUGUGCCUGGAUGACCUGUAAAAGGAGGAAAACUUCCAGCAAGGAAGAGAAGUGUAAGAGACCACUCCGGACCGACAACAUCCAUCUGAUCGACCGUACAGAAUAAAGGCAAAAAAGGAGUGGAGAAAGGUGAAAAUGGGAAGAAAGGUGAGCAAAGACCAGGACAGUGAAAAUAAUAUCGAGGAGCUGCCCAGUACAGCCAAGAUACCAAGAAAGAAAAGGUUUAUUGGCAUUCCUGCAAAAUAUCUGUGCAUGGAUGACCUGUAAAAGGAGGAAAACUUCCAGCAAGGAAGAGAAGUGUAAGAGACCACUCCGGACCGACAACAUCCAUCUGAUCGACGGUACAGGCAAAAAAGGAGUGGAGAAAGGAGAAAAUGGGAAGAAAGGUGAGCAAAGACCAGGACAGUGAAAAUAAUAUCGAGGAGCUGCCCAGUACAGCCAAGAUACCAAGAAAGAAAAGGUUUAUUGGCAUUCCUGCAAAAUAUCUGUGCCUGGAUGACCUGUAAAAGGAGGAAAACUUCCAGCAAGGAAGAGAAGUGUAAGAGACCACUCCGGACCGACAACAUCCAUCUGAUCAACCGUACAGAUGCUGCAGGAUUGUGCUAAGGCCCGCAGGGAAGUGGAGCUGCACUGGAGGGCAUCUCAGUGCCCGCACAUAGUAAAGAUUAUCGAUGUGUAUGAGAAUCUCUACCAGUCACGAAAAUGUCUACUUAUUAUAAUGGAAUGUCUGGAUGGUGGUGAGCUCUUCAGUCGAAUUCAAGAUCGCGGUGACCAAGCAUUCACUGAAAGAGAGGCUUCAGACAUCAUGAAAAGCAUUGGAGAGGCUAUUCAGUAUUUACACUCAAUCAAUAUUGCUCACAGAGAUGUUAAGCCAGAAAAUCUUCUCUAUUCAUCAAAAAGACCAAACUCUAUACUGAAGCUCACUGAUUUUGGCUUUGCUAAAGAAACAACCACUCACAACUCUCUAGCAACACCCUGUUACACACCGUAUUAUGUGGCGCCUGAGGUUCUGGGCCCAGAAAAAUAUGACAAGUCAUGUGAUAUGUGGUCACUUGGAGUCAUCAUGUAUAUUUUAUUGUGUGGAUAUCCUCCAUUUUAUUCCAACCAUGGUCUAGCUAUCUCUCCGGGAAUGAAGAAGAGAAUCCGUAUGGGACAGUAUGAGUUCCCUAACCCUGAGUGGUCUGAAGUAUCAGAUGAAGUAAAACAGCUGAUCCGAAACCUGUUGAAGACUGAUCCAACUCAGAGGAUGACCAUUACAGAAUUCAUGAAUCACCCUUGGAUAAUGCAAUCGAUACAGAUACCGCCAACUCCUCUCCACACUAGCCGUGUCUUGAAGGAAGAGAAGGAUUUAUGGGAAGAUGUGAAGGAGGAGAUGACCAGUGCCUUGGCCACAAUGAGGGUCGACUAUGAACAGAUUAAAAUAAAGAAAAUUGAAGAUGCGUCUAACCCACUUCUCCAGAAGCGACGGAAGAAGAUCACUCCUCAUGUUGCCACUCAUUGAGCUAACACCUUGUUUCACUCUGCUCUAGAACUGUUGGUGCCACUUACACCAGCUCAGUGUUAGCUGUAAAUGUGGUUUAUAAGUGCCACUGUAAUAAUAGGGGAAAGGGCUGUUAAUCUAUAGGAUUGACUCCCUGGCAUGGGAAACCAUAUGGUUUUCUAGCUUGUUACUCCAUUUUUAGUCUGGAAGUUUUAUUUUUUAUUUUAUUUUUUCCUUUUUUUUUUCUUUUUAGAGAAUAUUCACAGUAUAUUUUAUAUAUAUAUAAAUAUAAGUAUUUUUAAAUGGAAAAAGUGUUGGGCAACUUUUUGGAGAAAUGGAGUCUCUUGGCCUUACCAAUAAGACGUAAUAUGUACUUUGCACCUCAUAUUAAGAGGUGACAUUCAUGUAUUUUUUUUUUUUUCCUAAAUGUCAGUGGUACUGGGACGGUGCAGCUCUACAACACUUUAUGGAGGGUUAAAGGAGUACUGCAGCCAUUACGUCUCUUGCAUGGGGAGAGCCGCUGCAGAGCCGGGGCCCUGUACAGGAGAUUGCGGGGGGUCUCAGCAGUCGGACCCCCCGCAAUCAGACACUUGUCCACUGAUGGGGGAUAAUUUUUUUUUAUGGCUGCAGUACUCCUUUAAAAACCACACUGGUGUUGGGCAGAGCUGCUAAGGUCACUGUAUUUAGCAGCGGUUUUUACUAUAAUACUGAGAUUGCAUCUAGCCCCACGCCUUUAUCUGUCUGUGACUAUUUUUCUUUUGUAUCACUGGGCUUUGCAAUGAAAUCUCUCACCCAAUCAUUGUUUUAAAUGUGUGUAAAUACAGUGUAGCAAAUGUUACUAUUUUAACACAUCACAGUUUGUCUUUUUCCAAUAGCUGAUUUGUAUUCAUGUUGAAAGGCUCAAUGUAAAUGUUCCAUGUGUUCUUUUGUGUUCAGUGCCUGCAUUUUCAUCACUUUGCCUUAAAUGCAACUAUAUAUUGACCUUAAGGGGCUUGUGUUUCCCCCCCUCCAUAUUUAUGUAUUGUUCUUUAACACUCGGCAGCAGCAGGUUGCAUGUGUUAGAGUUAUAGCCCUUUUAGGCCUUGUCCAUGUGCCAUUCCUCACGCUCAGGCACUUGCAGCCCUAAAGGUGAUUGUAUGUACAUCCACCUAUACAACGAUAUGUCAUAUAGCUACAACUUGGCACAUUUAUUAUGAAGGGAAGGAAGUACAUAUGCCCAAUGUAUCCUUUGGAUGCUAGUAUUUUUUUCUUCAACCACAAGGGUAAAAAUGGCCAAACAUGUCUUGAUACUUUUGUGUGCCAGCCAAAGCAUUGGUGCCCGUUCUGUUGUCAAUUCUGUGGUUGUUCUGUCUACUUUUCUAUUUCUGAUGCAGUGAACGGGGGCAUCGGAUGAGGUCUGCAAAUUGUAAAUGGACUAUUGAUUUUAAAAGACCUCACCCCUUAUAAAUUUUGUCCAUUGAAUGUUCUGAAUGAAGAAUGCUAUAGUUAGGCAUGGAACAAAGCACAUUGUUACAGACACUGCUUUGUUUCAAGUAACUUAAUGGUAAGGAAAUAUUCUGUGGCUUACAAAAAUGAAGCUUUAACUUAUCCAAAGCACCAUUGACUUCUGAUGGGACUGUUAAAUCAAACUGCAUUGGGGAAUAAAUGAAGGGGAAAUAUGGGAAAACUGUGUUCUAUUUUUGUAAUUCCAUCUCUUCUCUAAUGUUGUCUGCAAAGCAAAUUUGUUUUCACGCUCUGUUGUGUGAGCCCCUAUUUGUUCCCUGUUCUCUUGAAAGCAAUAUCCUUUUUGAAAUUGUUGUAAAAUUAUAAUUUUGUAUGAUCAAAUUGUUUUACUAAACAAUUUUAAUAUUUGGAAAACCUGACUGUAG